AUGUCGUCCACGACUACUCAUGAUCAAAAUACAAUGACAGAUUCUGUUGUUAUAAUGAUGAUCGAAGAAAAAAAAUCCGAUAUUCAACGAAAAACUAGAUUAUGUUGUGGUAUCUCCUUGAAUAGUUUAACAAAGAUUGCUAUCCAUUUAAUUUUACCAUUAACAUUGGGUAUAUUUACAGUAGCAAUCACAUUUUAUCAACAAGAAGUAUCUAAACAACAACAACAAGAAGAUCGUGAAUUAGCACGUAUUCAACGAGAACAAGAUUUAAAUAUAUCUGCUGCACAACGUGAACAAGAUAAAAUUAUCGCACGAGAACAACGUGAAGAAGAUGAAUUACGACGUUUUCAAGAUUUAAAUAUAUCUGCAGUACGACGAGAUCUUGAUCUUCAUAUUGCUGAAUUAAAACGAAAAGCUGAUGAUUUAAAUGCUGAAAAACAACGUAAUAUUUCACAAGAACAACGUCAGUAUGAAUUUCAUAUGGGACAACAACAACAACAAAAACAAAUGACAGUUGAGUUUGAACAAUAUGAACAAGAACGAACUAAAUAUCAUGCACAAUUAUCUUUAUCGUAUAUGAAUGAAAUUAGUAGUCUUUUAGAAAAAUAUAAUGGAUCACUUAAUUCAAAUCCAAUAUCAGCUGCACUUGGCCGUGCAAAAACACUAAAUGUCAUUGGACAACUUGGUUCUAAUAGAUCAAGACCUUUAAUUGAAUUCCUUCAUGAUGCAAAACAACUAACAACAAAAAAGAAUCCAUUAGAUCUUUCUGGUGCACAACUUAAUGGAAUUGAUUUUCGUGGUGCAACAGGUUUAUAUACACGACAAAAUCUUGCACUUAUUGGAGUUCAUUUAAAUGAUGCAAUAUUUGAAAAUAUGGAAAUAUUUCAAUGGGAUUUUACUUCUACGUCGUUAAAUGGUGCUAAUUUUCGAAAUUGUAAUAUUACUAAUACAAUAUUUGAUCGUGCAUCUUUGAUUGGUGCUGAUUUUUCUUCAAGUUAUUUGGAUAUGAAUACAUUUUCUAAUGUCGAUCUUUCAAUGAGUAAUUUCCAUACAUCAAUUAUUAGAUCAAGUUAUUUUCAUGAUGCUAAUCUAAUUAAAGCGAAUUUUUCUAAUAUUAUAUCUGACGCAAAAAGUAUUGAUAGACAUUUACGUUUUACUUAUUCAAAUCUUAUCUCAACAACAUUUCGAGAUGCUUACUUAUCUAAGGUAUAUUUUCGUUUAUGUAAUAUGACAUAUACUGAUCUUAGUCGAACGACUAUAUGGAAUACACUUUUUUUUGGAAGUGUAUUAGCAUUUACUUCAAUUGUCAACAGUACACUUCCUCUCAGAUUAAGUAGUUUUCCGUAUGCUAAUUUAUCACAUGCUGAUCUAUCAGGAAGUACAUGUGUAGAAAAGAAAUGUGAAGGUGAUACGGUUCUUUCUUUUCAUAAUGCACUUUUCCAUGAUGGAAGAAUAGGUCGACCUCGUAGUACAAUUAUUUCAGGAGGUAAUGCUUCUUUUUGUGAAGCAUAUGAUUCUAUCACUCAUGCACAGGUACUUUUGAAUGUCUGGGAAAAACAACCUAUUAAUGAUUUUGUUUUACGACGAGAGCGAACUAUUAAUAAUCAAUGUGUUUAUUCAAUGAAGAAAAAUGAAACAGGAAAAUUGUAUCAAAAAGUUCGAUUAAAUGGACCAUAUAAACCAAGUUUUGAUGAUCUUGUUAGUAAUCGACAAGCAGUAGUUAUUUUUCGUGCUAUUAUAAGUGAAGGUGUAGAAAUUUUUAUUGAAGAAAAAGCCGAUACACAACGAAUAUUACUCAAUCAUACUUUAUCUCGUGUUGGAGCUGUAGAUAAUUCACCACUUGUAACAUCAUCUCCAAUUUUAUUACAUUCAGAAACAAAGGAAUUAAUUUUUCGUAUUAAUUUCUAUAAACCAGGACUUAUUCGAUGGUUACAUUGGAUUGAUAUUGAAAUUAAUCCACUUUUUUCACAUUAA